CUUCUAUCAGUAUUAACGCGGCCAGCCUAUCGUACACUUCUGUAUUUAUGUAUUGUCAGUGUAAACAUUCAAGCAAAUGUGCAAAAAUUAUAAUGACAAUGUUUUAAUUUAAAUUUAUAUUUUUCUAUAUUAAUAUAUAAAUUUUCUUUUGCAAAUAAUAAACAAAAAAUAUAAGAAAUUUUUUUUUUUCAAUCGUUGAAUGAAUUUAUUGAAUAAAAUAGGAAUUUAUUUUGUGACAAAUAAGGAAAUAACGAAUAUUUUGGAAAAAAAAUGAUUUUUUUGAACUUUCGGUGAUUUGGAAAUAAGAUAAUAAUUAAUUAAAGAGAUAAAAUAUAGAAAAAAAAAGAACUGGAUUAAUGUGAUCUCGUGGAUUUGAAGAAAAUAUAUUGGAUGAUUCUAUAGUGAAACAGUGAAAGAAAAGAAGAAAUUCAAGUAGAUAGAUCUAUCAAAAGAAGAAGAAGAAGAAGAAAAAAAAGAAGUAAAGGACGUCUCGUGACCUCGACGUUAGGGAAUCAAGAUUGUAGCGACCACAGAACCUAUUGAUUGAUGUGAUUCUUAUACCGACAAGUUGUUGCUAAUUUUAAAGUGAGCGCUCAACAGUGCUACCACUUGAGAUAAAGAAAACAGAUGCAAAAAAAAAAAUCAAAAGUGGCGCCAAAGGAUUUUUUUUAAAUUUAAUACGAUAAAUUUCGUAUAAAGAAAAAGGGCCCGUUAAACUUCAACUACAAUUUAUUUAUCAGUCAAUUUAUUAUAAUAAAUUGAAAGUAUAUAUAAAUGAUAAAGUCAAUGAUUAAUCAUUCUCGCGAACAAGUGAAAGUGUUAUCAAUGAUUGUUAGAACAUCUGAAUCGAUUGAGACUAUUUUGUUUCUUUAUAGAGAGAAAAAUCAUCGUGACCACUUGAUUAUGGAUAAUAACGGAAGUAUACGAUUAGUGUAAACCGAAAGAGCUGAAGUAGAACCGUUCGCCGCAUGGGUGCCUGGGUUAGUGAUCGUGUCGUGGUGGAGGAGGAGGUGGUCCUGAGAGUCCAGGAUACGUGGAAGUGGACAACGACAACAAUCCUGGGUACCAUCUGCGAUGGUGGCGGCGGCCAACACGAGACCAGGUCUUCCUUGUCCCUGUUACCGCUUCGUCGUCAAUUUACUCGACAGCUUUAUGAGUGGCCAAUUACACCUUUAUUUAAAUCAAGGACGAAACUAGUCAAUUUUUAAGUUUACAAAUUUUGUGAUUUGUGUGAUAAAAAAAAAAAAUAUAUAUAUAUAAAUAUAUAUAUAAGUAUCAAGAGAAAGAAAACAAAGCCAAAGAGAAAAAUCGAAAUUUCGCGUGUGAAAUAAAUUUUUUUUUUAUUUUUUUUCUCAAAAAAAAAAAAAGAGGAUCACAAUGGCCGAAUGGAAAUUCUUUAAUGGAGAGAAAACAAAUCCAAUAUUGACGGAGGAUAAUGAUGACGAUGAUGAUGAUGAUGAAUCGGUGAAAUUAAAAAAUUCUAUUCAACUUGAACAUUGUGGACAAUUGGAGGAUGGUCAAGAAAAAAUAAUUGAUGAAAAGGAACAAUUUAUUGAAAUUGUAAACGAUCAAUUGGAAUCGGGUUUGAAAAUUCGUAUUGAAGCGCGAGAGGAAUUAAAAAAGGAUUCACCAAAACGACCCGAGAGUCUUUAUAAAGAAGAUUCAUUGAAAAAUGUUUUUGGUAAUACAAUAUUUGGAUCAUCAUCACCACCACGUCUUCUUGUGGCAAAUAAUCUUACUCUUAAUGAAAAGAGUACAGAGAAAUUGGUUAAUGGAAAAUCGCCUAAAGAUGAGAAACAAGUACUUCAUGUUCAAUUUAAUAAGGAUUCGAAAAUAAAAAAUCAGAAUCAAAAAUUAAAUCAAAAGGCGAAUCUUUCGAUAUCAACAUCAAGUUCAAGUAGUUCGGAGGAUAAUUCAAGUUUAGAAAAUUUUUCCGAACCAAGACCACCUGAUGGAGGAUGGGGUUGGGUUAUUGUUAUGGCAUCAUUUAUGGUGAAUUUAAUAGCCGAUGGUAUUACAUUUUCAUUUGGUGUAAUAUUUGUGGAAUUUGUUAAAUAUUUUGGUGAGGGUAAAUCAAAAACAGCUUGGAUUGGCAGUUUGUUUAUGGCAAUGCCAUUACUUUCGGGACCAAUUGCAAGUUUUUUAACUGAUCGUUAUGGUUGUCGUAAAGUUUCAAUAGUUGGUAGUAUAUUGGCAACAACUGGCUUUGUCAUUAGUUCAUUUGCCAAUUCAAUGUGGAUUAUUAUUUUAACAUUUGGCAUUAUUUCUGGUUUUGGAUUGUCAUUAUGUUUUGUUGCCGCCGUUGUUAUUGUUGCUUAUUAUUUUGAUAAAAAACGAUCAUUUGCCACUGGAUUAUCAGUUUGUGGAAGUGGAAUUGGAACUUUUAUAUUUGCACCAGUAACACAGUAUCUACUCGCUGAAUAUGGAUGGCGUGGUACGACAUUAAUUCUUGCGGGAUUAUUUUUAAAUCUCGCUGUAUGCGGUUGUUUAAUGAGAGAUUUAGAAUGGACGACAACAAGAGCAAAGGCAAAAACUGAGGAGAGACGGAAAAAUCGUGAGAAAAAAAGAACAAAAAUACAAAGUUCAAGUGCCGAUUCAUUUUCGGCGAGUAGUUCAGCGAAUACAACAACACAAACACCGCAUGGUGAUGCAAAACGUGGUUUUGCAUCGGCAAAUGCAAUGAUUAUUGAAAAUUUACGUGUUCAAGACGAUGAGGAUGGGGGUAAAUUAUUUUCGAGUUUAGUGAAUUUACCAACAUUUGUGAAAAAUGGGGAAAAAGUGCCACUGGAGGUACUUGAAUUAUUGAGUACGAGAAAAAAUGUUUAUAAUGUUUUAUUACAAAAUUAUCCAAGUCUAUUGAUAUCAUCGAGAAGUUUCAGUGAUUCAGGAGCGUUACACGAUCAAUUGACUAUUCCUUCGGCGAGAUUUGUACAUCCAUUGGUUGAUCUCAAUAAGGAGAAAAAUGGUGAUGAUGAGAAAAAUUAUCGACAAAAUAGUGAUGCAGCAUAUUUAUGGUGGUUGAAAAAAAUUAACAACGAGAGUCCAUUAAGACGUUCAAAUAGUUUACAACAUCAGAAGAGAGUACCAACUGCUUAUUUAAAGGAUAUACGAGUGCAUAGACAUAGUUUAACGUAUAGAGGAGCUAUGCUUAAUAUCAAUAGAUAUCGAUUAAGGGCAUCGAGUUGUCCUGAUAUUUAUCGUAAUUCAAUGACAACAAUUGCUAAAACAAAAAUUGUUUGGUACGCUGGUCUUUGGGAAUUUUGGGAUUUGCUUGUUGAUAUGUUGGAUUUUUCACAUUUUAGUGAUUCAAGAUUUUUGCUAUUUUCCAUCAGCAAUUUUCUAUUGCAUUUCUGGUACGAUGUGCCUUAUGUAUAUCUCACCGAUAAUGCCAUUGAAAUGGGCUUCAGUGAAAAACAGGCGUCCAUUCUUAUCUCAGUUAUUGGCAUCACUAAUAUGGUUGGAGAGAUUUUCCUUGGCUGGGCUGGUGAUCGAGCAUGGGUGAAUGCCUCAAUGGUGUAUGCGAUCUGCAUGUUUCUAUGCGGUACUGUAACGGCGAUGAUUCCCUUAGCGGUCAACAACUAUUCUGCACUAUGUGCAAUUUCCGGUGCCUUUGGACUUUUCAUCGCUGCAAACUACAGUCUCACUAGUAUUAUUCUCGUUGAAGCCAUCACCCUGGAGAGAUUCACUAAUGCUUACGGUCUUCUCUUACUUGUUCAGGGCAUCGGAAAUCUCAUGGGACCUCCACUUGCUGGCUGGCUGUAUGACAUCACAGGAUCUUACGAUUGGUCCUUUUAUUUGGCAGGAUUUUUCAUAGCUCUCAGUGGAACAAUGCUAAUGGUUAUGCCACUGUUAGAUAUGUUUCGCAGAUGCAGCUGUACAAAACGAAAAAAUAAAACAGGACAAUUUUCCGAUAUCAACAGUGUUUGAAAUAUAAUAUAAAUAAUAAGGAAUGAUUCUAAGAAUUGAAAGAUAUAUAUAAGCGACAACCAAUAUAUAUAUAUAUAACACUUCCAAGCAGGAAUUGCGAAGCGUCUUGUGUAUUUCAAGGACGAUUGAAAAUCGUCUUAGCAAUAUUAAUAUUUUUUUUCAUUUCUUUUUUCUAUAAACAUCGAGUCCAUAAUUUUGUCAAAAUGGAAUUUCUUCCUUAGACAAAAAAAGUUAGUUAAUAAGUAAAAAAAAAAACCGACGAUAAUAAUUACACAAUUUUUUAAUACUUCGCUAUAUAUAAUAUAAAUAUAAAAACGUCGGGAUAUUCUUUUUUAUAGUGAGAAACAAAAAUAUAGCACACCUGUAGGUUGCUAAAACGACCUUUUUCAAACGUUUGCCUGCCUCGAAAUUCCUUUUGUAAAAAAAACCAAAAUGAAGGGACAAUUUUUCGUCUCAUGACGAAAAUAUUUGCGACAACGUAAUUUAUUAUCACUUCGAGUGUGAAAUUCGAACUUUGCGAUAUAGAAAUAUGCAAAAAAUUAGAACGAGAAGCUUUCUGUAGUUUCAAUAUUGAGUGACUCGAUUUUUUUUUUCAUAUUCUAUUGUCACAAUAAUGUUCGUGGAAAUUAAGAUUAUUAUAAUGAAAAUAAUAAUAAUGAUACAGAUUUUUCGAGUCACUUUCAAAUAUAUAAUAACGAGUUCCGAAUCUCAGGAUGUUUUUCGUUACCACAAAUUUAUAUUAGAGUGGUGGCAUCCUCGAAGUUUAUAAAGUAUUCUCUUAGGUUUUUUGCUGUUAAAUUUUUUCCUCGUUGUGCUUUAUGAGAAAAUUUGAAAAACUAUUUAAAAAAAAGACAAUAGAAUCAGAGUAUUUAAAAUAACUUUAAUAACAAUUUCCAAUUUUAACAAGCCUUUGGGCUUCAUAUAUUAAUACUAUUUUAAAAAAUCAAUUUUUUCCUUCAUGAAACUGAAACUAGCGAUUUUUUUAAAUUUUAAUUUAAAUUCAACAAUUUUUAAACUAAUUUUUAUUUUGGAUUUUAAGAUUUUGUAUAAUUUUAAUCCAAUUAUUGAUUUACAAUUUUAAAUUAAUGGCAGCUAGUUUUAGUUUCAUUUUUUUUUCUAUUUUCUCUUUAAAUAACUUUUAUAAGUCCUUUUUAUAUUACAAAGAUUUGCAUUAAUUUUCCUUGUCACUUAUGUCGAUUAAACUUCGAAAUCGAGUCUGUUGAUUAAAUACAAAAAUUUAAACAUUAUUAAAAUAUAUAAGAAUUGUUUUAAAACCAUUGGAAGAAAAUAAUGACAGACUCGAUGACACUAAUAUAAUUACAAGACACUUGCAAAUAUAUUUGAAACGUUAUAAAAAUAAAACAAACAAAAAAUUGUGUGUACAUAGGAGUUCUUGUAUGCAUAGCUUUUCUGUGAUGAUACGAAACUACAUCAAUUUUAUCCAUUUUUGCCGAUAGAAUUUUAAACCAUUCAAUCUAAAUAGCUGCAGAAUGAUAUAUUUAAUUUAAUUAAAUUUUCAAAUUCAAAUUAUGUUUUUUGAAUCAGAAAAUCUUGAUUAAAAUAUUUUUAUAAGGAAAUUUCUUAAUUUUUAAUUUAUUGUCAUUAAUUUUAUUUUUUAAUAAAAAUUCAUCUUGCAGCGAAUUUAGAAAAUUGAGUGAUGAGCGGCCUUGAAGGCAUCUAUAUAAAAUAUAAAAAAAAGGAAUAUUUUAUUAAAAAAAAAUAGUAACUCGAAAUUUUUCGGGUAUACGAGUUUAAUAUAUUAAAAUAGCGAAAGCGAUUAUGAAUUUUGAGAAAAGUGAACGAGAAAAAAAAAUGGCACAUUAUAAAUAUAUAUAAAUAAAAUGGCCAUUGGAAUGUGACAAAAAAAAGGAGUUUAUUAUCUCUAGGAUAAUUAGAUUUCCUUAUAAAAUUAAAAAUGAGUAAUCAGAGUCGUUCACAAUUUUCUCUUAAGUUUUUUGUAAAUAUAGAGAAUUAAAAUAUUUAUAUAUAAAGUUUAUAAUACUAAUUUUUUUUUUUGUUUUUAUAUAAAACAAUUUUUUCGCCUGAGAAUUGUGAUAUAAUUAUAUCGUAAAAUUGCUUGAAUAUGAAUCACAAUAAAAAAGAAUUAUCACAAUUGUUGUAAUUCAUAUUCAUUCUUACUGUAUAUAUAUAUAUGGGAAUUGAAAAUAAUUUCUUUAUGAAUUGCAUUUUGAUUUAUAAAUAUUAUUUUUAGAAUUUUUCAUUUAGUAAAAAAAAAAAAAAACAAAACGACUCUGAAAAAUGUAAUUCCCAAAUUAUUUACACCUCUGCAGUGCCUGCGAGUUUAUGUGUGAAUUAUUUUCGCACUAAUAGUGCAGGCGCGACGUCUCACUAGACUACGAUUUAAAAAAAAAAGAAGGACGUGCGUACCUUUGUUUUAAGACUUCUUUUUAGAUAAAAACUUAGAAAAAAAAUCCAUUUUCGAAUUAUAUACAUUACAAUACAUAGACAUGCCCAUACAUUCGUAUUACAUAAAUCUUAUAAAUAUGUAUAAUACAAAAAAAAAGCAAACAAAUAUAUUAUAUGAAAAAUCCUAUUUCAAUUAAAAUAAAAUCGAGAAGAGUAA